AUGGGUACUGAUCUGGCAGCCUUCACUACUGACGUCAAACUGAUCGCCGCACUCUUCUUUAUUCACACAUUGUCACUGCCUGGGUUCCUGAUAACAGGGAUUAGUAUUGUGGAUCACGUGGCCAGAUUCAGCAGGUCAGCUCCUCUUCCUGCCCUUUCCCAAUUGCCCGGCCUUUGCCUUCGUGCCCAGACUCUGGCUCUUCCUCCUGGAUACUUGUGUGUGAGCUCGGUAUUCAGACUGACCUCAGAGUGCACCGCCCUCACCGUCACGUUGGUGCUCACCCUUCGGAAGUUCCUCUCUCUCGUGUUCUCCAUUAUUUACUUCCAGAACCCCUUCACCCUGCACCACUGGCUCGGCACUUUCAUGGUCUUCAAUGGGACUCUCCUCUUCCUAGAUAUCAUUCAGAAGACCCGGGAGGCCCUCGGGAUGGACAAUGUCAAAAGAGAAUAGACCCAAGCUCCUCAAUAGGCGGACCACGGCUAGCAAUGAUGCGGGCCCAAAUCUCUCUCUCUCUCUCUCCUUCCAUCCCUCCCUCUGGAAAAACUAUUUUAGGUUUUUAUUUCAAGUGCAUCUGGGAUUAACAAUAUUUUAAUUGUCCCUUGGUUUCACUUAUUUUAUUUAUAAUAAUUCAUGCACGGAGCAACUAUUUUGGGUUUUUAUUUCAAGUGCAUCAGGGAUUAACAAUAUUUUUAAUUGUCUCUUGGUUUCACUUAUUUUAUUUAUAAUAAUACAUCUACACACACACACACAUACACACACACUCACACACCCAGCCUAAUACCC